CCCGCCGAGCUAAGAUGGCGGCGGCCGUCGAGCAGCGUGUGGGCGCAGCGGCGCCGGCGGGUUACACGGCUCUGACCGUGAAGUUCGGGGAGCGGCAGCGCUCGGCUCACUGCCUGUUGGUGAAGGAGCACCAGGUGCGGGAAGGGGCCGGCGCCGCGCACCCGCCUCGCCGCACGCUCUUCGUCCUCAACGUGCCCCCGUACUGCAGCCCGGAGUCUCUGUCAAGGCUGUUCAGCCGCUGCGGGCAGGUCCAGGCUGUGGAUAUCUGUGACAAGCCGGAGCCGGGGGAGAAGAAAGAAAAACUGACGUCGAAGUUCUUCAACCGCAAAACUGCAAAGGGAUUUCAAGUGGCAUAUGUCGUGUUCAGGAAACCAGCUGGCGUCCAGGCAGCCAAGGCCUUGUCAGGGGAAGGCCCCUUGCUGAUAUCAACUGAGAGCCACCCUGUGAAAACUGGCGUUAGCAAGUGGAUCGCCAGCUAUGAGGCCUCAGUCGUGGAUCCGGAGGAGCUGAAGGCUGAGGUGGAUGCCUACAUGGAAGCCUAUGACAAGAAGAUAGCAGAGGAGGAAGCCCGAGCGGCCGAGGAGGAGGGUGUUCCGGACGAGGAGGGCUGGGUGAAGGUGACGCGGAAGGGCCGCAAGCCCGGCCUGCCCCGCACCGAGGCCGCCAACCUGCGCCUGCUCGAGAAGGAGAAGCGGAAGAGGGCCCGCAAAGAGCUGCUCAACUUCUACGCCUGGCAGCACCGCGAGACCAAGAGAGAGCACAUCGCCCAGCUAAGGAAAAAGUUUGAGGAGGACAAGCAGAGAAUCGCACUGAUGCGAGCCCAGCGCAAGUUCCGGCCGUACUGAGCUCUGUGAUGCCUGUGGCCUCCACGUUCCCAAGGAUUUCAAGGACUUGAGGCAGCUUCAGGUUAUCCCUGCUUGGAUGGGAGAUCCCAGCAUCUGCUGCUGGAGGAGGAGUUCCCUUCGCUCGCAUCCUCCUGCUCUCUGGCACCACUUCCACGGGUGCUCAGGUCAAGGGGCUGAGGCACUUCUUGUGACAACCUGUGUCUCCUUGCUGCCUGAGGCCCUCCUAAAGCUUGGUGAGAUUUGGGACCGACCUAGCAUGGACUCUGCAGGGACAGGGAAUGGCUGAAGAACUCUGAGUAAACUGCUGCUAUGUUCUCAAAGUGUGGGGAUGCCUGUCUCCCCUUUGGCCUGCCAUGGGGGACAGCUGCUUUUGUGCUGGGUUGGCAAUAAAAGUCAUGGCUUCUCUG